UAAUACAUGGAUCACGAACGUAUUUAAGAAAGAAAAAGAAAGGCGAAAAAUCGGUGAAGAAGAAAACCUAGGGUUUUGUCAAAGAAUCUUGGAUUGCAGUCCACUCUCUCCUCUUCUCUCUCGCUCGCUUGGAUUAGGGUUUUCAGUGUCAUCUUCUUCUCUCUAAUAAUCAGGAGUUCUGUGUUAUCCUUCCUGUAAAAUGGGCGAGACUGGAAAACGAUACCAUUCACACCGAGACAAUGACGGUGACCGAAGAAAUCAAAAGCGACGCGUGAAUGACAAAGACGAAAAGGGCAACGAUGAGGUGGUUGUUUUUAGGAUACUCUGUCCAGAUGAACUCAUUGGUAGUGUCAUUGGGAAGAAUGGCAAAGUCAUAAAUUCGAUACGGCAGGAGACUCGGGCGAAAGUCAAGGUGGUGGAUCGAUUUCCGGGUGCCAAGGACCGGGUUAUAACGAUCUACAGCUAUGUUAAGGAGAAGGAAGAGGUUCAGAUUGAUAAUGAUAAUGAGUUUGAUUAUAAGAAGCCGUUAUGCGCUGCCCAAGAUGCUCUUCUCAAGGUUCAUGUCGCCAUUGUGAAUUCCGUGGCUGCUGCUGGGGAUUCUGAUAAGAAACGGAAGGAUAGGGACGUUAAGGAUGAGUGUCAAAUCCUUGUUCCGUCGAGCCAGUCUGCGAAUAUCAUUGGUAAGGCUGGUGCUACCAUUAAGAAGUUGAGAAGUAAGACGAGAGCUAAUAUCAAGGUUAAUGCCAGGGAUGCAACGGAUCCAACACAAUCAUGUGCUAUGGAGUUUGAUAAUUUUGUCGUGAUCACUGGUGAAUCAGAGUCAGUUAAAAGAGCACUAUUUGCAGUUUCUUCUAUUAUGUACAAGUUUGGUCCUAAAGAAGACAUCUCUCUGGACACAACUGUACCUGAAGCUCCGCCCAGUAUUAUCAUUCCUUCCGAAGUUCCAUAUUAUCCACACGGUGGACUAUAUCCAUCUUCAGAUCCUAUUAUCCCACCUAGAGCUGUUCCUCAAAUAAUGGGUGGUACAAACAUACAAGAUGUGCAAGGUUAUGCUGACAUAGGAAAUACAUGGCCUCUGUACUCAUCUGCCCUUCCAGUAGUUUCUGGUGGUGUGGAUGCUUCUCAGUCUGAGGAGUUAAUUAUUAGAAUGUUAUGCCCCUCUAACAAGAUUGGGCGUGUCAUUGGUAGGGGAGGGAGUACGAUUAAAAGUAUGAGGCAGGCAAGUGGUGCUCGUAUUGAGGUUGAUGAUUCCAAGGCUAAUCAUGAUGAGUGUUUAAUCAUUAUAACCACAACAGAGUCGCCAAGUGAUCUAAAGUCCAUGGCAGUUGAAGCUGUUCUGCUGAUACAAGGGAAGAUAAGCGAUGAAGACGAUACUGAAGUUUCAAUUCAGCUUCUAGUUCCAUCCAAAGUGAUAGGUUGCAUUAUUGGUAAAAGUGGUUCAAUCAUUAAUGAAAUUCGGAAGAGAACUAGGGCAGAUAUUCGAAUCUCUAAAGGCGAUAAGCCAAAAUGUGCUGAUGUUAAUGAUGAACUUGUUGAGGUGGGCGGCGCUAUUGAUUGUGUCAGAGAUGCACUAAUCCAGAUCAUCUUGAGACUUAGAGAUGAUGUAUUGAGAGAAAGGGACACUGGACAUAAUCCUACUAUAGGUGGUGAAUCCUUGUACUCAGGUGGUGCUGCUUAUUCAUUGCCACCUAUGCUGCCUUCCGUAUCUUCUGUUGCUGCUCCAAUGGUCUAUGAUCAGAGGGCGGAAAGUGCAACUGGCAUGGGCAUGCUUUCUUCAAGCAGCCUGUAUGGAUAUGGAUCGUUGUCGCAGAUGGGGGAAAGUGGCUAUGGAUCUAUAUCCUCAUAUCCCACCAAGCUGUAUGGAAGUUUGCCUCCUCCAUCAACUCUGGAUAUCUUGAUUCCUGCUAAUGCUGUUGGUAAAGUAUUGGGUAAAGGAGGGGCUAAUAUAGCCAAUAUAAGGAAGAUUUCAGGAGCUACAAUAGAGAUUUCUGACGCUAGAGCCCGUGGUGAUCGUAUUGCCUUGAUAUCUGGCACACCUGAAGAGAAGCGUGCAGCUGAAAACUUGAUCCAGGCAUUUAUCAUGGCAACCUGAAUUAUUGAAGUUCUUUCUCUAGGGGUUUUGAAGGUGAAAGUUUAAUUCUUGAAGCAUGUCCUUGUUUCUCUCCUUAGUUUUCUUAGGUUAGUCGGUUGGUCAGGGAGAAAAUAUUCUACAGGGUUCGUCAAAAUCCUGCUUCUUCCAUAACAUUGGUUAACAAGAUUGUGCUGGAGGAUCCACUACUGGGUUUGUAUUUAGGAAUUACAGUUCCUUUCCUUUUUAUUUUCGUAAUCUACUCUCAUCUGUUUUAUCUUAGAAAUCCAGGAUCUAUCUGUCCUUUCAUACUGUUUGUCUUUGACUAGCGUGGAGUCAUCUCUAUCUCCAUACAUAUUUCCAGAGGAACCAUGAAGCGGUGUUUAUUUUGUUUCUGGUGCUUCACUCUCUUAUUCUCCUUUCUUUCUGAAUGUAUCUACCCUAACGAUGCAACCUAGAUGCUAAUUCUAUAGCAGUUUCCAGUCUCCACUUCUAACAUCCUUGGUUAUCCAAUAUCCAAGUAGUUUCAAUCAAAGUGGGGAAGUUGCCUCAUGAAUUUGAAGGAUUUCAGAAAAGUCUGGAUCAUUUUCUUCCCUUUGAUUCUAUAUCCGUUUUUAAUCCUGUAAUAAAUGAUGGUAUUUGAUUAUUUGCAACUAGAUACCAUCUCCUAAUUACCCACACCGAGCAUGAUUCAUUAUAUACAUAGGAAAAUGCUAUAAGGCAGGCAAGAAAUUCGUUAAGACAGAUAUACAUAAGGAGGUAGGAGGAUACAGCAUCAUCCUCUUCCUUGCUGUAUAAAGAAAACAUGAAAAACAACUCAGGAAAGUAGUAUGAUUUGGCUUUGUCAUUGAACUUGGGAUGAGGGUUUUGUACCUGUGUCUUAUCCAACAACCAUCCUUGAAUGUGGGAGUGUAGCAAAAUCUUUAGGCUUUUUAGCAAUACCUAUUCUGCAAAGCCUAAAAAGCCUUUGGAAUUUAUGGUUUCUUGUAUACAUGUUUUCACUUCUUAUCUGUCUUGCUAGCUGCUACUUUUUUUUUGGGUAAAAGACAAGAUAUAUUCACACACCCUUUGAGCAUGGGAUUGCAUCAGCUUGGCCUUGGCCACAAUGUCUUUCCUGUGAGGUUUGAACCUCUGCAUGUAUGAAGUCCCUUCACAUGUAUAGGCUUAGUAUGUCAGGAAAACCACACCUCAUAUUUGCUGGACGUCACUUUAUUGUAGCAGCCUCUUCCAAUAUGACCCAAAAUGGUUUCAUUGGAUCCCCCAAAUUCUAUGAAGGGUCGCUGUUAAUUUCAUAGUAUGAUCUCUAUCUCGGCCACCUGUGGUUUAUAUAUUUUCCUGUUUACUGCAUUGAGUUUCCCAACUAAAUCUGGAUUUGGGUGACUUUUCGUGACCUAGAUAAUAUGCUGCUUGUUCUGAGCGAGUUAAGUAGGUAAACCCUAGUAGAAGUUAAAUCUGUUAUCAAUGGCUUCUGGUAUCAUCUUUAUUAAGGAGUAUUCACCUCACAACCGUACUGUUAUAUGCAUUCUCUCUUGCAGAUUACUUGUUAACGUGUCUCAACAUCAUUGUGCUCAAAAUUCUUUCCCUUUUUAAAAUGUGAUGGAUCUUUUUCCUUUUCUUUUCUACUACAUGCAAUUAUCUAGAUAAACUUCAGGGGUAAUCUCAAAAUUUUGCUUUUCCUAGCAAAGUGUGAAGUAUAAAUUUUCUUCAUUUUUGCGUUUGGCGAUAUCUUAAACUCUCCCCACAAUCAUCUCAGCACAAUUAUGCUUGUUAAUACACUUUUCAUUCUUUAAAAUGAAGUACUGCUAUACACAUGGAGUGAUUGUCCCUUGGAUCUAGGCCCCUGUAGAUUUUGGAACAGUAAAAUCUCUUGUUCUUGAUUCUUUGUGCACCCUAUCCAUUCGUUUCACACAAUCUUUCUGCUAUCCUUCUUAUCAUUUGAUUUAGCUUUAGUUUGGUCAUUUGGGGGAUGGUAUUUAGAGGAUGCAAUUAAUAGAUUGAAUAUCAUCCAUUCAAACAUGUUAUGGAGGUGAAUGAAUCUGUAGUAUUUGUGAAUUGCGAGCCAGAUUGGUUCUAUUGUGCAGGGGUAGAAGCGUUACUGAAAAUAGUAUACUUUUCAGUUCUUACUAUUUGUAUGUAGAUUAUUUUUAUCUUGCACAUUAAAGAAUGGAAAUAAUAGAUGUCAAUUGUAUAUAGUUUCUUGGCUGUGCA